UUAAGAUGAGUCUAGAUAUUGUGUGCAAUUUUCGUAAGUGUAGAAGAUCAUUAACAAGUCAAGCGUGGGUAACAACAUGUUCACACGCUUUUUGCGUUGAACACGGAAAACGGGAAUUUAAGCGGAACACCGAGAAUUCAUUAACUUGUCCUGCGUGUGGAAGCGAAUUACGCGAUAAAUUCGACGUAAUUCAAGCUGAUCUCAAACCGAGCGAAACAUUUAAGUCGAUAGUGUUAGCAGGCUUAAAGCCAGAUACAAUAAUGGAUGUUGCUAUGAGAGCAAUGUCGUUUUGGUCUUAUCAAAUUGAACAGGAGACGUUAUAUCACGAGAGUGUUGCUAAGCAUUCAAAAGAAAAGCUUGAAUGUUUAGAAGAGGUAAAUAACAUAAAUACACAAAAACUCAAAGCUGAGUUAGAAACGUGUAAACGUAAGAUAACAGCGCUGCAAACUGAAUUUAAUAAAAAGAAAAAGCAUGCCGAAGAGUUAGCAGCGAUGUUGGAAGAUAAGACUCGAAAACUGCACAAGUUAACCUACCAACUGGACUUACAUAAGAGGAAGGAUAUCAGAGCGAAGGAUUUCGAAGAUGAUGGUAGUAAGAGAGAGAGGUGUUUGGAUAUAUCUGAAAUAGUGGCUAACAAAGUGCCGCGGCCGUCUGAACAAUUUGUAUUUAAACCGAUGAAAGACAGAGAAGAAUCGAAUCGCAUUCUGUGUUCACCUAAAACGCCUGCAUUCGAUUUUCGCAACAAAAGCAGUCAUAAUGCUAGUUUUCAGUUUAGGCCAGUACAAUUUUAGCAGUGAUUUUUUGAAGAAUAUGUAAGUGUUAAGUAGACCCUGUACUAUAAGAAUUAAUAUAACUCACCUGCAUUUGUUUAAAGUUUAACAAAAACGUCCGAAACUUGAGCCAGUGGUUCAACUUCAUGGAGUGUUUAUGCCAGAAACUGUCAAACUGUUUUUCAGUCUCAUCGAGUUGAACGAGUAAUCUAUAAAUAAAAACAUGGCUUAUUAAA